AUGGGAAAAGCCAGCAAAUGGAUCAAAACCUUCCUUCUAGGAAAAAAAGAUGAGAAAAUCAAGAAGAUUGAUGCAUUCUGCCCCGAGGAUAUUAAGAGUUCCAACACAGGAAGUCUGAUAGUGAGUCCCAAAGUGAAGCGCAGAUGGAGCUUCGGAAAACUAACAAGUGGAAGAAUAGCGAGCAAGAUAGUAGGGCAUAAAUUUUCCAGGUCUUUUGAUUCAGGUGACUCUGCAAAACUGCAAAUACAAGCCUUGUUGGAAACCAAGACUCCAAGGCGUCUACCAACACCACUGGCAAGGACCCAUAAAGAUAAAAACGAAGCUGCUACAAAGAUUCAGGCUGGCUUUCGCUCAUAUUUGGCAAGGAGAGCAUUGCAUGCUUUAAGGGGGUUAGUCAAGUUACAAGCACUAGUGAGAGGUUACCUUGUGAGGAAACAGACCACUGCUACCCUGCGUGGCAUGCAUGCGUUGAUGGCCAUACAAGUUAGAGCACGAAUUCACAGAAUUCAGAUGGUAGAGGAAGUAAAUCUCCUUGGAAAACAUCCUCCACAACAUAGAGUAGUUCCACACUUCAGAGAUGUCAUAACAGAAGAAAAUAAAGAUUCAAAGGAUAUGAGUGUUGAAGAAAUGUUGGAGGUUUUGAAAAGCAGAAGUGGUCCUCUGGAUGGUUCAUAUGUUAAGGCCAGAGAACGUGAUUCCAUGAGAUUCUAUUCGAAGCAUGUGCCGGUUGUUUCUAAACGAAAAAUUCAAUACAAGAAUACUCAAAUUGUAGAACCAAACAGCCCGGAAAACUACCGUGCCAUCUCUGAAUUUAACACAGCGACAAUGGCCUUUUCAACUUCUCUGCGUCACUCAGUGCCUCACCGCCAAUCACUGUCACCAAAUUACAUGAACAAGACUGAAUCUUCAAGGGCUAAAACAAGGUCGCAGAGUGAACCAAAACAACGACCCAAGCGGGUAAUGAGGCACAAAGGCAAGUCUGUGGAAUCUCCAUUGAAUGGUCCAAGACAAAAUCUGUUCUCAAACUCAUUACGCUUUGAUCAUGAAAGCCUGGACCAUUGGGUUAUCAAUCUUCACGGGUCAAUGAAGGACAGCAAGCGCGAUUCCAUUGGAAGCAGCUCGGUCACUACUGAUUCUUAUUAUUGA